AUGGCUAACGACACCUUGUUGGCUCAGAUACGCGGCCUUGUCACAGUCGAUGUCGACUCGAUGGACCCAGAUGUCGCAACUAAACACACGUCCUCAGGGUAUUCCUUCUCCGGUAUGACAUCCAACCAGGCGAUCGUCCGCAUCGAAGCGGUGAAACCAGAGCGAAAGCACCUGGUCACCCAAGCUAUUGCCCUAGCGAAGUCAAAGCUCGGGGGUGCCAACGAGUCUGCAUUGGUGGACGAUGUGGUGGACAUUCUGACAGUUUUACUCGCAAAAGAGGUCUAUCCUAUCAUUACUGGAAACGUCCACGUGCAGACGUCUCCAGCAGCCGCGUACAAUACAGAGGAGACUGUCAGACAUGCCAAAUCCCUCGUAGCAUUAUUCAAUGAUCAAGGAAUACCAAAACAUCGUGUUUGCAUCAAGAUCCCAGCAACUCCCCAAUCUUUGAUUGCUUGUCGCAUGCUCUCGGAGAUGGGGAUACAGACUCUCGCUACAUGUUUGUUUUCUCUGCCUCAGGCCCUUGCCGCGGCGCAAGCAAACUGUAUCUGCAUCUCUCCCUACUUCAAUGAGUUACGCGUCCACUUUGAACCAACCAUCCGGAAAGUGUAUGAUAAUGCCGACGAUGAUCCCAUGUGCGCGAUUAUCCACUCUAUCGUGCAGCACUUCAAAGCCAUCAAGACGAAGACGCUCGUCAUGCCGGCGAGCAUUGUGACAGUCGAGGAGGUUCUCGCAUUAGUUCGGUUGAAGCCAGACCACCUCACUUUAUCCGGAGCCGUCCUUGAUCAGUUAGCAGCACUCGAACCAGUAGAAGAAUCGGUCUUGCAGCCCAAGCCUAGUGCUAACGACCACGAAUCCUAUGCAAAGCCAGACGACUUCCUGGCCGACGGCGGGAAGCUGCUUGAAGAGGCGCUAGCUUUAGAUACGGAGGUGACCAGGAAAGUGGCGGAUGCGUUGAAGAUUUUUGGCGAACAGGAGCUGUUGACGAAGGCGUUCGUGAAGCCCUUGUUAGGGUUAUCGUGA